GCUCGGGUAUCGGGACUAAGUACUAAACAUGCGCAGUUCGCUUCCUCUUUCUUUCUAAAAUUCUAGUUGCACCAUCACGUGUAAUUGAGAUUUUGUCCACAAUCGAAGCGAUGCAGCUGUUUAUUCGGGGCGCUGAAUUAAGCGUCUUGUCGGUAGACGAAUGUCUGACCGUCGAUGAAUUGAAACAUCAAAUUACUGAUCUGGAGGGUAUUUCUUCUGAAGAUCAAGUGUUGUCAUUCGGUGGGAAACCUUUAGAAGGUGAAACCACUUUGGCUGAAUGUGGCAUCUACGAUUCAUGUACUUUGAACGUCGUCGGGCGAGUUCUUGGAGGAAAGGUCCACGGUUCUUUGGCUCGUGCUGGCAAAGUUAAAGGUCAAACACCCAAGGUUGACAAACAAGAGAAGAAAAAGAAGAGGACAGGUCGGGCCAAACGUCGCAUGCAGUACAACCGACGCUUUGUCAACGUUGUUCAAACCUUUGGGAAAAGACGAGGACCCAACUCAAAUGCCCCCUGAGAACUGUUGCAUUAUGUAAACAUACAAUUAUCAGGCUAUAAUAAAUAUUGUAUUUAUGCCGGCUAUA